ACCCCGUCUUCUCCCGACUUCGCCGCACAUCUCCUCUCAUGUCAGAAGGUGCCCAGCUUUCGGGACAGGAUGCUCCAGCGCGUGAGCCGGACUUCGCUCUGCGCUCGUUGACUCAUGGGAUGCGGCAACUGGAGGAGCGCGCGCAGCCUCGGACCCCUGAAGGCGCAGUCCCGCGCGUCCGCCUUCUUCACCAUGCUCCUCAUCUUCACCUACGUGUUCUACUGCCUCACCGCGUACUGCGACUCCUUGUCCAGGUCCGUGCUGGAACCUGACAGCGUCGGUGACCCGACAGCAGACCCCAGCGUCCCGGGGAGGCGCGCGAACUUGAGCGAGCCGCUCCGGAGCGCGCGAGCCGCGUACACCGCGGACCAGCUCGGUGUGCAGGAGUCACUGCAGGGCAGCAAAAAACUGCCCCAGGCGAUCAUCAUCGGGGUGAAGAAAGGCGGGACCCGAGCCUUGCUGGAGUUUCUCCGCGUGCACCCCGACGUGAGGGCUGUGGGGUCGGAGCCGCACUUCUUCGACCGCUUCUAUGAUCGCGGGCUGCGGUGGUACAGGAGCCUAAUGCCUCGAACACUGGAGGGCCAGAUCACUAUGGAGAAGACUCCAAGUUACUUUGUGACCCGUGAGGCUCCACGCCGCAUCGCUGCUAUGGGUGGUCACACUAAGCUGAUAGUGGUGGUGCGAGACCCUGUCACUCGGGCAAUAUCUGACUAUACACAGACAAAGUCCAAGAACCCGGGCCUGCCCUCCUUCCAGGACCUGGCCUUGAAAAACUCCAGCCUUGAGCUCGUGGACACAUCCUGGGGUGCCGUGCGCAUUGGCAUCUAUGCCAAGCACCUCAAGAACUGGCUGCGGUACUUCCCUCUGUCCCGCUUCCUGUUUGUCAGUGGUGAGCGGCUGGUGAGCGACCCGGCUGGGGAGGUUGGCCGCGUGCAGGAUUUCUUGGGCCUCAAGCGCAUCAUCACAGACAAACACUUCUACUUCAACCAGACCAAGGGUUUCCCCUGCCUCAAGAAGCCAGAGGGAAGCAGCCGGCCACGCUGCUUGGGGCAGUCUAAGGGUCGCCCACACCCUCCCAUCCCCCAGAGGGUACUGCAGCGGCUCAGGGACUUCUACAGGCCCUUCAAUCUCAAGUUCUACCAAAUGAGUGGUCAAAAUUUUGGCUGGGACUGAGCCCUUUACUUCACUGGAACUCCUCCACUUCCCUGUACUUUGGAAGAAAGCAGC